AUGGAGCAGGCUCGGAGCAAACCUGCUUCCACCGUCUAUCCAUGGAUGGACACUGAACAUGUCACCGGGCACUUGAGGAAAUGUUUCAAAUUUGUUUAUGACAAAGUCAAGUUACUGAACGGCCGGGUGGACGGCAUGGAAGCGCAAAUGACGCAUCUCAAACAGCUUGUCGAAGACGUUAAGACAAAGUCCGAAGCGGAUAACCAAGGACUGAAAGGCGAUAUUGAUGCUCAGAAGGCGCAGAAUCAGCAGCUGCGAAACGAACUGGAUGCUGAGAGGGAUCGAAAUCAGCGACUAGAGACUACGAUCAAGGAUUCACAACAGUCGAUCACCCGAAUUGAUCAAAAGUCACAUGAGAUCUCCAACCAGUUCUGUGCCCAGAAGACUAUCACUGCCGCAAAUUUCCAAAGGACAGAUCGACUUGUGUCAGAAUCCAUGCAGCGGAUCAAGUCGCUGGAACGGUCUGGCAAUACUUACAGUCAGAGCAUUGUCGAACUGAGAAACGACAUGGAAGAUCGCUUCGAGACAGCAGUGGUUCAUACCCAAGAAGGCUUGCGUCACAACAAAACCGCCUGGAUCAAAGGUCUAGAACUCCUCAGAACCGAGACGGCGGAAAAGCUCGCCACUACGACAGAUCACUUCUCCACCGCUAUUGAUACCGUGCAAGCACAAUCCCGCGAGCAUACGGAAGCGUUCGAAAAAACAGCUCUGGUUCUGGACCGUAACUCCCAGCGUAUCGACGAGCUCGAAAAUGCGAUAGAAGAGCCACAGUUUCUGGAAGGCAUGAACCACCGCGUCGAAGAGCUUGAGAAUGCGGUGGAAUCACAUGAUGCGGCACUGCAAGCUUCUCAGGCCCUAGUUACCAGACUCGAUUCCCUAGAUGCCCGCCUGGGCGUGUCGGAAGUCGCUCUCCUCUCCGUUCGAACGCCGACAUCGACCCCUCCGACUGCCACGACAGCUACCGCGGCUCUCGACGAUCUUCGGAACAAGGUUGACGCAACCUACUUACAGAUGAAGAAUGAACUUGCCUCAUUGGUGAAUUGCAAAGAGCGACUUGUCGCAUUGGAAAAGCCCCGCGGUACCGCUGCAUCUCGCAAACUUGACAAUAGGAUCUGCGUAUUGGAAGAGAACUACACCAAGAUCCGCAACGAUCAUCCAGAAAUGACCGCCAAGUGUGUUACCCACGAGCAGUUUGCUGCAGCAAGGGAAUCCCUUGCUGCCUCCCUCCACACGACGAUUCGAAACCACCGGGACGAGGUAAACCACGAGAUGGCGUAUAAUGCUGGGGUGCUGAAUGAGCGAUGGGGUGGGCACUUACAAAACAUAGAGGCCUCUCUCAAGAGGGUUGUUAAGGACGACGUAUUCCCCGUGAGUACCUAA